GGGGUGAGGCUCUCUCAGAAAAGUAUAACAGCUGACUGGUAGUCUGCUGCAGAUAAUGGAUGCUAAGUUAAAAGAGGACCUAUUCCGGAGGUAUGUGGCGGCACUGGAGAGGCGCCUGGAGAAUGGAGGGGAAUACACAGGGAGUGGAACUGCACAAGAGGGGGACAGAGGCAGACACAAGGACAGUGAGGCCCUCCUGUCUACAGCCACAGCUCUGCUAGGGGCCUAUCAGCCAGAUCCAGGACAACGUUUCCGCAUGGUGCGUUUUUAUGAGGUGUUGGAGACCUCGCUCCGCUGCCAGAGAGGAGGUAACCUCAAGAGCCUCGAGAGAGCCUUCCACACUCUGGAAACCAUCUGCACCAACCUUUUGCUCUUCCCCUGGAAGAAGGAGUUCAGAUGUAUUAAAACCUUCACUGGCCCAUAUGUGUACCAUCUGCAGUCUGCCAUUACUGAUGUUGAACUCCGAUCCCUAAUGCGCACCAUAGGCUACUCCUGUGACCACGAUUCGCAGUUCCAUUUGCAGGAGCACCCAGGAGGCUCAGGCCAUCUUCGCCAGUUGGCUUUUGAGCUCUUCCUGGCCCAGGCAGAGUGUCGUCUUCUGGGAGAGAUAGUGGCUCUGGCCCGUGGUUCAGCCUCAGAGCUGGAGGCCCUGGAACUCCGCAGAGGUUGCAGAGAUGAUGCAGCUGGCUGUGCCGAGGCACUCCGCAGACGCGACAGCCUCGGUGCAGAUAUGGCUCGGCUGUCUGUGCGCCCAUUGGAUAUCGAGAGACCUCAUGCUCACCACCUGAGGCGAGGAAGCCGACCGUCAAAAUCUGUGGAUGUUACAGAUGGGGCUGGUCACUGGCACGCAGCAGUUAGCAAGCCUGUCUUGAAGGCCUCAUUGAGUCUGAGGAAGGAGCCUCUGUUUGUGGAUGCAGAGGAGGAUAUGAAGGAUGAGAUCAUCAGGCCCAGCACCUCAGCAUCUCUUUUUUCUGUGGCAGCUCCACCUUCUUAUAGCCCUAUUGCGGAUUUCUUCCCCAUUCAGUCACCUCCUCCAGCUGAUGCUUAUACAUCCUACCACCUUUCGUCUUUGGAUGAGAUUGACUUGUACACAGAGAGGGGUAUUGCGGGGACGGGAGGAAGGCAGACCCCGUCUCGACCUCCAUCCAGAGAGCCUCGAGAUGCAAGAGAUGCGUGGCUACUCAAAGCGCAUGGAAGUGUGAAGUGUCAGGGUUGUGGACUUGGCUGCUCCUCAAUGGCCUCCUGCCAGAGGUGUGACAUGAUCCUCUGUUCUGCCUGUCAUGAUGUGGACCCUUCCCCUUGCUGUGGCCUCCAAGACUACCACCCAAAAUCCCCACGACCCCUUGAUGGAUACAUCCCUGUCAAGGAAAAGCUUUCUGUGUAUUCUAAUACUCACACCCACUCCCAUCUCCACCCGCACCCCCUCACACUGACCCACUCACACUCUCAUCCCCACCCUCACCCCCAGAUGGUGGAGAAACCCCUCUUGUCCACGAAGCUGUUUCCAAGCAAGUCUGUUGCCUUGACAACGCCAAAAGUAGGCAGCAGUGAGCGAAUAAGCAUGGGGGGAUCACGCUGCGGGUUCUGCAACAAGCCAGGUGCAUCACACACCUGUGUGAACUGCUCUAAGGUGUCAUGUGACUCAUGCAUGGGCUUGUAUGCAAAGGAUAUGUGCACGCGAAAGAAUCCUCAGCACAGUUUUGUGCCCAACCAUCAGCUCAACUUCAAAUCUGGCACCAUAUCUCACCUGGUGUACCGAUGAAUCAGGCAGACAAAUUUUUUUCUCCCUUGUAGUCCCCUCCCUUAAUCUGCAGCGUAGUCUUGCACUAUUGCUUUAGCUCUGUUCCUGCUUAAACAACUCAUUCACUAUCUUCCCCUUUAUCUGAUGGUCUUUUUCGCUAUGUCUAACCCUCUCUUGAACUUUGUAUAUUUUCUCUUGCUGUCAGUAGGGCCCUGGAAUGCACAUGCCACAGAGAGCCAUAUCGUCUGCCCAUCUCUCUGCCUUGUACAAGUUCAGGCCUUUUAUCUAUUUCUUCUUCCUUUUACCUUGCUACCUGCUCUUGAGUAGUCAUGUGAUGUUGUAGCGCUUCCCGAAUUCCUCAAAGUUUGUCCUCCUCAAAAGGGAAACUGAAGAAAAGAGAGUUUAAUUCCUCCUCCUUUUGAAUGAAUUCCGUCCAAAUGAACAUAUAUACUUUGCCUAACUUCUCAGCUAAAAAUUCCUCUAAUAUAUAAAUAUAUAUAUAAAUCUAUACAGUAUAUAUAUGUGUGAGUGUGUGAGUGUAUGUGUGUGU